AUGACUUCUUCACCUCCUACGAUUAGAAAAGAAUCAAGAAGACCUUCCUCUUCCGAUAUCAGGAUAAACACAAGAAAAACUUCUUGUUCUAGCGAUUUAUCAACGUUAGAAACAAUACUAUCAACAUUUCAAUUAGCGCAACCGCCAACUCCAAAUUCUACUGCUGGUAGUUUAUCAAGCAUUCCUGAAUCACAAACAUCGCCAUUAAUUCUAGCUGUUCAAUGUGCCAAUUGGAUGUCAUAG